AGCCGUUUACAGUCAGUCUGGACGCUGAGAUGGGAACAAACUGCAGUACUUCUCCAAAGAUUGUAGACUGUCUUUAUGAAAUCGCUGGGCAGCUGAGCGAUAAUAUAAGUUCGGAAAAUUCCACCACAUCAGUCCGACCCAGAAUGCCGUAACUCUCCAGCCAUGCAGGCCUGGUUCCUGAUGCCUCACUGGAUGGCUCCCUGACCCCUCUGCUGUCCCUGAACUCCUCCAGUACUCCACCCUGCAGAGAGGAAUGACCAGGCCGCAGAGGUUUGCCUUCGACCAUGACCUCCGCACCCUCUUUGGCGGAAACACCACGGUGAGUUACGGGGGUGUGGGUGUGGUUGCCCUGGCCCUCUCAGUUCUGUUUGAGUUACUAGCCCGUCACCAGAACACAUGGUUGGGCUCAAGGAGCCCUGAGACUCGACCUCCACCUCCAGACCCCAUACGCAGGAUGUUUGGGGCUAAUGCAGGGUCGGACAUCAGCUCCAUUGCCAGCGAGUUCCUCAAACAGAUUCCUGGUGCAGCUAAUGACCAAGACAAGAUGGCAGCACUGUUGGAGAGUUACGAGAGCAAGCUGCAGUCGAGGCUGGUGGAGUUGUAUGGGAGGAUGGUGUCUCCGGAGAGGACUGCUCUCAGCUCUGCUGGGGUCAAUGUGUUUCCAGCCUUGAGCCCUGACUACAGGGGACUGCUGAUAGUGGAGCCGCUGAGAAACGUGAGCCAUGGGGUUCACCAUCAAGCCUGCGAGCGCAGAGCCAUCCAGCGGGCUCUGGUGGAGCGCUUCCUGUCAGACCAGAACCUACAGGGGGCAAAGCAGUUCUUCCAGAGCUCCCACAAGCGGCACGAUGAUCUGAUGGCACAGCAAGGACACUUUCAGUUGAGCAUGUUUAAAGAAAGAAAGAAAUGAUAACUGGUUACUUGUAGAUUAACUUACCAGCUAAUGUCACCCGUGUUUGAUGCUGGUGGUUUCUUUUUUUAACCCUCUCCCAAAGCUCAUUAAACAGUGUAUUUAUCUGCUCUAACAUAAAGCUUCAAAUGUUGGCAUGGACAGGUGCCUAGCUUACUACCCACAGUGGUAACCUACUCCAGCAUUACUUCCAAGGUAAAGGGCACAUUAAAAGAGCCCCAUUCUCCACUGGAACAUCCACCGCGUAAUAUUUUCCCAAUGUGAGGAAGACUGUCCUGGAUGCUACGAUAUCAGAGUGUAGUGCAGCACUAGCUGCUCUGUUUUAUUGAAUUUGUAUUCAAGUAUCCCAGGCCGAGGUUGUUAGCCGAGUUGGCGUCACAUUCACCAGACAUCCUAAUCUUCUUUUCUUUUGCAAAGUUACGAUUGGGACAUACUUGUUUGGGAUAUAAACAAUAAAGCAUGAAUCAACCCUUUCUUGCUUUCCCAGGUAUGUAAGCCUAGCGGCUAAACAGGGUUAUGUUGGGUGAGAGCUCUAUUUUACGCUUUCCACGCAUAAUACUAGGACUAGCUAGCCCCGUCUGCAAUACAAGAACAAUAGUAUGCAUAGAAUCAUGUGUAGAAUCACCAGUAUGAUUAAAACCACUUAAAAGGUUUGGUGACACUGCCCCGAAAUAAGGUUUAAAAGCCCCCCCCCCCAAACAGGUUAUACUUCUACUACGCAUGCGGAAGGCUUCGUUUGAGUCAGUGCAACAGCGCGAAUGGCUUGAUUUGUUUCCUGUUCAGCUGUUAUAAAGCAGAUGACCGGCUGGAAAUGAGAAGUCAGCCUUCGAUUAGUGUCUGGAUCGAGGAUCAAAAAGUUACUAAAAACUGUCACAGAUAUGACUGUGAACGGGUACGCCACGUGGGAACAGAAAGCUCGACAGGUGUAGCUGCAGUCACCGAGGGAGGUGGGGCUUAGAUUACUGUCAAUUCAGCCCGUGUUGGGUGCCUACACUUUGGUUGUCUGUUUGAAUAAUCUUACGCUUGCAAGUAUCUUUCCAUCUCACCUUUUCUGUAUCUUCUGUAUCUGUGGCUGAACUCUGCUGUGGGGAACUGGUUCUCCCACAGAUCAUCAGCACGUCGCGCCGUGCAGCUGCUGAGCUGGGGUUUAACGUUUAGUGCUCUUAUGCCGCGGCCGGAGGCGCCUGUCCAUCCCAUUCUCAUCAUUGGGAUAUCUCACCGAUGCCUUGAGGGAAUUUAUUCAAAUUUGGAACAAACGUUCACUCGGAUUCAAGGAUGAACUGAUUAGAUUUUGGUGGUCAAAGGUCAAAGGUCAAGGUCACUGUGACAUCACAAUGUUCUGCAAAAAGACUUUCCUGGCCAGUAUUCAAAGCCACAACUCAGGAACAGGAAGGGAGACUGUGACCAUAAUUCACAUUUGGUCGGAUACCGAAAGUGGGGCCACUGGUCCCGGUUUGCCCACCUCGAAACUGUUGUAGAUUGUUGUGUGGCUCUUCUGUGCUGCUGGGUUGAAGAUGUGUGUGAAGUAGCCAUGUUUUGGAAUUUGUAGCUUUUGACUGGUUGGCAGGUAAUUCUAGUUUGACUUUAAUACUGAAGUUAUAAGAAUGUGACCGCAGCAUUAAAGUUUGUCCACUUCACCGGGUAAGCCUUCUAUCUUUUCCUGAAAUAGUAGGUUCUUUUGAAGGAAAGGACAUGUCAGUAGCUGACAAAUGCACAUUAUUACUAGUAAAAAAAAAAA